AUGGCCCAGCAGCAGCAGGUCGCCUUGGAGCGGCUCGAACACAUCACAAGAGGACUGCGUUCUCGGACGGGCGAUGAAACGCGCAAGCGAGCGGCGAUUCAGCUGCGAGAGCUCGUCACCGUGUGCCAUCGGGACCUCAACCAGGAGCAGUUCCUCGCCUUUUACAAUGUCGUCAAUAACAAGAUCACGCAGCUCAUCACCCAUGGCGGCGACUCCGCCGAACGACUCGGCGGCAUUUAUGCCCUCGACGCCCUCGUCGACUUCGAUGGCGUCGACGUCGCCGCCAAAUACACGAGGUUUACCCAGAACCUCAAGACAAUUCUGCGCGGCAAAGACAUCAACCCGAUGCAGCACGCCGCCACAGCCCUCGGGAAGCUCUGUCGUCCGGGCGGAUCCAUGAUUUCCGAGCUCGUCGAUUCCGAGGUCAACACGGCCCUCGAGUGGCUGCAAAACGAUCGGGUGGAGGAGCGCAGAUAUAGUGCCGUCCUCGUCCUCCGAGAACUGGCCAGAAACGCGCCCACGCUCAUGUACCAGUACAUCCCGACCAUCUUCGACUGGAUAUGGGUCGGCCUCCGCGAUCCUCGAAAGCUCAUCCGGGCCACCUCGGCCGACACCGUCAGCGGUUGCUUCCGCAUCAUCCGCGAGCGGGACCAGGAGAUGAAGCAGCUCUGGAUGAGCAAGAUAUUCAACGAGGCCAGGCAAGGUCUCAAGGUCAACACCAUCGAGUCCAUCCACGCCUCCCUCCUCGUCCUCAAGGAGCUGCUCGAGCAGGGGGGCAUGUACAUGCAGGACCACUACCAGGAGGCUUGCGAGAUCGUCUUCAAGCACAAGGACCAUCGGGACCCUACCAUCCGGGGCACCGUCGUCGUCUUGAUUCCCGACCUCGCUAGCUACUCACCUGCCGACUUCGCCCACGCCUGGCUCCACAAGUUCAUGGUCUACCUGUCGGGCAUGCUGAAGAAGGACAAGGAGCGCAACGACGCCUUUCUCGCCAUCGGAAACAUUGCCAACUCGGUCAAGAGCGCCAUCGCCCCCUACCUCGACGGCGUUCUCAUCUACGUCCGCGAGGGCCUCAGCCUUCAGUCGCGCAAGAGGGGUCCUGUCGAUCCCGUCUUCGACUGCAUCAGCCGCCUGGCCGUCGCCGUCGGCCAGACGCUGAGCAAGUACAUGGAAGCCCUGCUCGACCCCAUCUUCGCCUGCGACCUGACGCCGAAGCUCACCCAAGCCUUGGUCGACAUGGCCUUCUACAUCCCCCCCGUGAAGCCGACGAUCCAGGAGCGGCUGCUGGACAUGCUGAGCGUUGUCCUCUGCGGCGAACCCUUCAAGCCCCUCGGCGCGCCGCAGCCGAACACGCUCGCCUCCGUUCCGACCGUCGCCAAGGACGCCAAGGAUUCCCAAGCCUACGAGCAUCGACGGGCCGAGGUGAAGCUCGCCCUCAACACCCUCGGCAGUUUUGACUUCUCCGGCCACAUCCUCAACGAGUUCGUCCGCGACGUUGCCAUCAAGUACGUCGAGGAUGAGGAUCCCGAGAUCAGGGAAGCCGCCGCCCUCACCUGCUGCCAGCUCUACGUGAGGGAUCCCAUCGUGAACCAGACGAGCUACCAUGCCCUGCAGGUCGUGGGCGACGUCAUCGAGAAGCUGCUCACCGUCGGCGUCUCCGACCCGGAACCGACGAUACGGAGGACCGUCUUGGCUGCCUUGGACGAACGCUUCGAUCGCCACCUCGCAAAGGCCGAAAACAUCCGCAUCCUCUUCUUCGCCCUCAACGACGAGGUCUUCUCCAUUCGCGAGGUGGCCAUAUCCAUCAUCGGUCGGCUGGCGCGCUACAAUCCUGCCUACGUCAUACCCUCCCUGCGCAAGACCCUCAUCCAGAUGCUCACCGAGCUCGAGUUUUCCGACGUCGCCCGGAACAAGGAGGAGAGCGCGAAGCUGCUGACGCUCCUCGUGCAAAACGCCCAGGGCCUCAUCAAGCCGUACGUCGAUCCCAUGAUUCAGGUCCUCCUGCCCAAGGCGAGCGACCCCUUGCCCUCGGUCGCUGCGACGAUCCUCAAGGCCAUAGGCGAGCUCGCCACCGUCGGCGGCGAAGACAUGCUGCCGUACAAGGACCGAUUGAUGCCACUCAUCAUCGACGCCCUGCAGGAUCAGAGCUCCAACAUGAAGCGUGAGGCGGCGCUCAACGCCCUGGGCCAGCUGGCCAGCAACUCGGGAUACGUCAUCACCCCCUACCUCGAGCACCCUCAGCUGCUUGAAAUCCUGCAGGGAAUCAUCCGCACCGAGGGCGCGCGAGGCCCGCUCCGGCAGGAGACCAUCAAGCUCAUGGGCAUUCUGGGAGCCCUGGAUCCCUACAAGCACCAGCAAGUCGAGGAGCGAACGCCGGAAAUCCAGCGCCGAGUCGAGUCGAACCAGAUGACGGAUAUUUCCCUCAUGAUGACGGGCUUGACGCCCUCGAACAAGGAAUACUUCCCCACUGUCGUCAUCAACGCCCUACUCCAGAUCCUCAAGGACCACUCGCUGGCCCAGCAUCACGCGGCCGUCAUCGAGGCCAUCAUGAACAUCUUCCGAACUCUUGGGCUCGAGUGCAUCUCCUUCCUCGAUCGAAUCAUACCCGCCUUUCUCCACGUCAUUCGCUCCUCGCCCUCGACCCGGCUCGAAUCCUACUUCAACCAGCUCGCCACUCUCGUGAGCAUCGUGCGUCAGCACAUCCGGAACUACCUCCCGGACAUCAUCGAGGUCCUGCAAGAGUACUGGCACAAGUCGGCGUCGUUGCAGACGACCAUCCUCGCCCUGACCGAGGCAAUCUCCCGCUCUCUCGAGGGCGAGUUCAAGAUCUACCUGGCCGGCAUACUGCCCCUGCUUCUUGGCGUCCUCGACAAGGACGCGUCGGCGAAGCGUACGCCGUCCGAGAGGGUCCUCCACGCGAUCCUCGUCUUCGGUGCGAGUGCCGAGGAAUACAUGCACCUCAUCAUUCCCGUCAUCGUUCAUACGUUCGAAAAGCAGGGUCAGCCCACAUUCAUCCGCAAGCAUGCCAUCGACACCAUCGGCAAGAUCUCGCGGCAGGUCAACCUAAACGACUUUGCCGCAAAGAUCAUCCACCCGCUUACGCGCGUGCUGGACACGGGCGAAAGCACGCUCCGAAACGCCGCCUUGGAGACGUUGUGCGCCCUGAUCCAACAGCUGGGCAAGGACUACCUGCACUUCAUGGGAACCGUCAACAAGGUCAUCAACCAGCACCAGAUCCAGCACCAAAACUACGAGUUGCUCGUGAGCAAGCUGCAGAAAGGCGAGGUCCUCCCCCAGUAUCUCAGUUCCGAGUCGCGCUUCGUCGACGUCGGGGAUGACACUCCCCUGGCCGAUUUGGGCAACAAGAAGCUCGAGAUGAACGCCAUCCACCUCAAGGCUGCCUGGGACACGAGGGGCAAAUCGACCAAGGAGGAUUGGCAAGAGUGGCUGCGUCGCUUCAGCACCAUGCUGCUGACCGAAUCGCCGAACCACGCGCUCCGUGCCUGUGCCAGCCUCGCCAGCGUCUAUCUACCCCUGGCCCGCGAGCUCUUCAACUCGGCUUUCGUCUCCUGCUGGAGCGAACUCUUCGACCAGUUCCAGGACGAGCUCAUCCAGAACAUCGAGAGCGCCAUCAAGUCGGAAAACGUGCCGCCCGACCUGCUCGGCAUGCUGCUCAACCUUGCCGAGUUCAUGGAGCACGACGACAAGGCGCUGCCGAUUGACAUUCGAGUCUUGGGUAGGGAGGCGGCUCGCUGCCAUGCGUACGCAAAGGCGCUGCACUACAAGGAGCUCGAGUUCCUGCAGGAUCAGAGCAGCGGCGCCGUCGAGGCGCUCAUCGUCAUCAACAACCAGCUCCAGCAGUCGGAUGCCGCCAUCGGCAUAUUGCGCAAGGCCCAGCUCUACAAGGAAGGCAUCCAGCUUCGCGAGACCUGGUUCGAGAAGCUCGAGAGGUGGGAGGAGGCGCUCGCAUUUUACAACAAACGCGAGAGGGAGAUUUCGGAAAACGACGCGAUUCCCAUCGAGAUCGUCAUGGGCAAGAUGAGAUGCCUGCACGCACUCGGCGAAUGGGACGCCCUUGCCAACCUCACCGGCAACACCUGGGCCAACUCGUCGCCCGAGGUGCAGCGGAUGAUCGCCCCCCUUGCCACCGCCGCGGCCUGGGGCUUGGGCAAGUGGGAUUCCAUGGACAAUUACCUGUCCUCGCUGAAGCGACACUCGCCCGACCGAUCGUUUUUCGGAGCCAUCCUGUCGCUGCACAGGAACCAGUUCCGCGAGGCCAUCACCUGCAUCGAGCAAGCCCGCGAGGGCCUCGACACGGAGCUCUCCGCGCUCGUCAGUGAGUCGUACAACCGCGCGUACCAAGUUGUCGUCCGCGUUCAGAUGCUUGCCGAGCUGGAGGAGCUCAUCGUCUACAAGCAAUGCGACGAGAAGAAGCAGGCGACGAUGCGUAAGACGUGGGAGACGCGACUUCAGGGCUGCCAACGAAACGUCGAGGUUUGGCAUCGCAUGCUGCGUCUGCGCGCCCUGGUCCUCUCUCCGGGAGAAAACAUGCGCAUGUGGAUCAAGUUCGCGAACCUCUGCCGCAAGUCGGGCAGGAUGGGUCUGGCCGAGAAGUCGUUGAAGCAGCUCAUCGGCUCCGAUGCCGCGCUCGAGUCCAUGGUCCCCUAUUGGAGCGAGAGCAAGAGUGAACGACCAAGCUCGGCGCCGCCUCGGAGCAUACCGGCCCAGGUCAUCUACGCCAUGCUCAAGUACGAGUGGGAUCUGGGCCAGCAGCCGAGCGGACGACGCGACAAUUUCGCCGAGCGGACCCUCUACUGCCUGCAGAGAUUCACCAACGACACGGCUCAUCGGCUCGACGUGGCGAAGGCGCACCUCACGGCCCAAGCCGGCGGCGACAUCAACAUCCCCUCCGAGUACGGCUUCCAGAACCAGCUGGACCCGUCGAUAAUGAGCCUCCAGACGCAGCGCGCGCUCUACGACCAGACGGUGCUUCUCGCCAAGUGCUACCUGCGCCAAGGAGAAUGGCAGAUUGCGCUCAACAAGGACGACUGGCAAUACACCAAGGUGCGCGACAUCCUCAACUCGUACUCUCAAGCGACCAAGUACAACCCUCGCUGGUACAAGGCGUGGCAUGCCUGGGCCCUCGCCAAUUUCGAAAUCGUCCAGACCAUGUCGGCGAGGAACGACGGUCAGCUUUCGAGAGACGACCAGGAAAUGCUUCUUGAGCAUGUCGUGCCGGCCAUCCAAGGCUUUUUUAAGUCGAUCGCCUUGUCGGCCGGGAGCUCCCUUCAGGACACGCUUCGCCUGCUGACCCUGUGGUUCACCCACGGCGGCAGCGCCGACGUCAGCGCCGCCGUCAUGGAAGGCGUCGCAAACGUCAGCAUAGACACGUGGCUCGAGGUGAUCCCUCAGCUCAUCGCCCGAAUCAACCAACCCAACAAGCGCGUCCAGCAGUCGGUGCAUAACUUGCUCGCCGACGUUGGCAGAACGCACCCUCAGGCUCUCGUGUAUCCCCUGACGGUGGCGAUGAAGUCGUCGCCGAACACGCGGAGGUCACGGUCGGCGGCCCAGAUCAUGGACAGCAUGCGUCAGCACAGCGCCAACCUCGUGGCCCAAGCCGACACGGUGAGCCACGAGCUCAUCCGCGUCGCCGUCCUCUGGCACGAGCUCUGGCACGAGGGGUUGGAGGAAGCAUCCCGUCUCUACUUUGGCGACCACAACAUCGAAGGCAUGUUCGCGACCUUGCAGCCGCUGCACGAUCUGCUCGAGCGAGGCCCCGAAACGCUGCGGGAAAUCUCCUUUGCUCAGGCCUUUGGCCGCGACCUCAAGGAGGCGCAGGAGUGGUGCCAUCAGUACGAGUCGGGCAAGGACGUUAACGACCUCAACCAAGCCUGGGAUCUUUACUACCAGGUGUUCCGACGAAUCUCGAGGCAGCUGCCCCAGGUCACGAGCCUGGAGCUGACGUACUGCUCUCCGAAGCUUCUGGGCGUCAAGAACCUCGACCUCGCAGUUCCCGGAACGUACAAGAGCGGCCAGCCGGUCAUCAAGAUCAUGUCAUUCGACUCGACCUUUAGCGUCAUCGCCUCGAAGCAGCGACCGAGGAAGCUGAACGCGAACGGAAGCGACGGUGUGUCGUACGCCUUUCUGCUCAAGGGCCACGAGGACAUCCGUCAAGACGAGCGCGUCAUGCAGCUCUUCGGCCUCUGCAACACGCUUCUGGCCAACGACAGCGAAUGCUACAAGCGUCACCUCAACAUCCAGCGCUACCCGGCCAUCCCCCUAUCGCAGAAGGCGGGUCUGCUGGGAUGGGUGCCGCACAGCGACACGCUGCACGUGCUGAUCCGCGAGUAUCGGGAGAGCCGCAAGAUCCUGCUCAACAUCGAGCAUCGCAUCAUGCUGCAGAUGGCGCCCGACUACGACAACCUGACGCUGAUGCAGAAGGUCGAGGUCUUCGGGUACGCCCUCGACAACACGACGGGCCAGGACCUGUACCGCGUGCUGUGGCUCAAGUCCAAGUCGUCCGAAGCUUGGCUCGAGCGUCGCACCAACUACACCCGCUCCCUCGGUGUCAUGUCCCUCGUGGGCUACAUCCUCGGCCUCGGCGACAGGCACCCGUCCAACCUCAUGCUCGACCGCAUCACGGGCAUGGUGAUCCACAUCGACUUUGGCGACUGCUUCGAGAUCGCCAUGAAGCGCGACAAGUACCCGGAGCGUGUGCCUUUCCGACUGACUCGCAUGUUGACGUACGCCAUGGAGGUUAGCAACAUCGAAGGUAGUUUCCGAAUUACAUGCGAGCAUGUCAUGCGGGUGCUUCGAGAGAACAAGGAGAGCGUCAUGGCCGUUCUGGAAGCCUUUAUACACGACCCGCUCCUCACCUGGCGACUCACCACGGCCGCCUCGCCGGCGGGCCCCAACUUCCAGUCGGAACGGGAAGCAUCGCUGGCCGGCUCCUCCGCCGAGCAUGUUCGCCGACACUCCAUCUUGGAUGCGGACGUGGCCCCUUCGGAGCUGCUCGCUAAUGGCGAGUCCACGGCGCCGCCGCCGCGCCCUCGAGCCCGCACGAACAGCUCGGCAGUGCCGGACCCUCACAUGCUCAAUGGAGGACAGGAGUCUGAGAGCCAGAAUGCGCGCGCCGUCGAGGUGCUCGAUCGCGUAGCGCAGAAGCUCACGGGCCGCGACUUCAAGCCCAACGAGGAACUUGACGUGAUCAAUCAGGUCAAUAAGUUGAUUGUCGAAGCAACCAAGCUGGAGAACCUCUGCCAGCACUACAUUGGAUGGUGCAGCUUCUGGUGA